AUGAUUUAUUAAAAAUUAAUUAUUUUUAAUUGUUUGUUACUUUAAAAGAUAAUCAAAUUACUAGCGAAACUUCAGAUUUAUAGAAUUCAAAUAGCAUAUUUAUUUUUAAUAUUUUGCUUUCAACUAGAUUUUUUAUUUACUAGACUCUAAAAGCUUUCAUUUUAAAUAAUAAGAAAGAAUCAAAGAAUAUUUACUGAAAUUAAUCUUAGAGAUAUGGAAAAUAUUCAUGUAUCCUUGAGACUUAGACCUUUAAAUGAUAAGGAAUUAAGGUAAAACGAGAAGAUAGCAUGGGAGGUGAUAGAUUAAAAUACUGUAUAAGUAGUAAAUGAUAAUAUAGUAAAUUAAACAAGUAGAAAUGUUAUAUAAAAUGCUCUCACAUUUAAUAAGCAACCAUCUUUUCAUUAUGAUAGAUGUUUUGCAGAAAAUAUUAGUAACAAAUAAGUCUAUGAAAAUAGUGUUUAAGGCAUAUUAAAAUCUAGCUUAAACGGAGUAAAUGGUACUAUUUUUAUGUAUGGAUAGAGUGGUAGUGGAAAAACAUACACGAUGAUGGGUUAUGAAAAAAAGUAAAAUUCUUAAUAGAGUGCAUCUAAUUAAGGCGCUUCAUAAAAUCCAUAACUCUCUAUCUUUAACUAUUAAUCGAAUCAAUCAAACUUAACUUAAUAGCGUAAAAGAAAUAGUUCUUCAAAUUCUCAUUAACAAAACUCAUAUAGCCCAUUAACAAAAAAUAACAACUACCUUUACUCAAAUUAGAUGUAAGAUAUUGAUGAUAUUGAUUUUGAUAAGAUAAAAUCAAACACUCCAGAUGAUAAUAAAGGUAUUCUUAUGCUGGCUUUAUAUGAUUUAUUUGACACUAUUAAAAAAGAUGAAGAUAAAACUUAUGUAGUCAGAUGUAGUUAUGUUGAAAUUUAUAAUGAUUAAAUUUAUGAUUUACUAAAUCCUGUUAAUAAAUUAAAUGAAAUUUUAUAAGUUGGUAUGAAUUAGAAUAAAGAAUUUUACAUUAAAGGAGUUACUUAAGAAAGUGUAAGUACUCUUGAAGAGGCUUAUGAAGUUUUGAAAAGAGGUGAAACAAAUAAGCAUUAUGCUUAAACUACCAUGAAUCACCACUCUUCAAGAUCACAUAGCAUUUUUAAGCUUUAUGUAUAGAGCAUAAGUAGUGUUUUGCUGAAAAGCUGUCUCCCUAAAAGGUCAUAAAAUAACAUUGCAUAAAGAAACGUUAAUAACCAAGAACUUUUAGAGAAGCUAAACGAACAUGACUCUACUUUAAUUAGUACUUCAGAAUUAAACUUUAUCGAUUUAGCAGGGAGUGAAAAAGUUUCUAAUCACUCUAACUUAGAAGAAAUUCUCUUAAACUCUGGCUCAAAAAAUUAGUCUUCUUCAAAUGCUAGAGAUCUUUCUCCUCAAGAUUUAAUCAAAGAUAGAGUUAAAGAAGGACAAUUUAUAAAUAAGUCCUUGUUUUUCUUAACUUAAGUUAUAUCAUAAAUAGCAGAAGGAAAACCUCUAACUCACAUACCUUACAGAAAUUCUCCCUUAACCAAGAUUUUAAAGAGUUCGUUAGGAGGUAAUUCUAGGACUAUGAUAAUUUUAUGUAUAAACCCAUCUUAAAGCUAAUUUGAGCAAAGUUAUUCUACAAUUAGGUUUGGACUUAAUGCGAAAAAAAUAGAAAACAAAGUUAGAGUUAAUAUUCAGGCUAAAAAUAAUGAAGAAGCCCUCCAAUUACUAAUUUUAGAUUAUGAAAAAAAAAUGAGAGAACUAGAGCAAUAAAGGAAUGAAGAGAGAACUAGGAAUGCAGACUUAAUUAAAAAGUUAAACGAGUUGGCUAACUAAAAUUCAUAAAUUUAGUAAAAGUUAAUGAAUUCAAACAGGAAAAAUAUUGAAUUGAGCUUAACUAGAACAAGUAAUUUUGAAGGAAUAUGUUAAAACUGUUAGAAGAGCAAUUAAAAUAGUGGCGUUAAAAUUGAUAAAUAAAAAGUAUCUCAAAAAAGAGAAAGCAGUCAUUAGAAAUAAAAGUGGUUAAGCGAAAAGUAGAAAGAGCUUAAUAACCAAUCUAGUCUGCACUGUGAUUAUGUUGGGUUACUUUUUCCAACUUAAAAUAAUAUUACUGUGAGCGAUGUCUGCCCUCUAGUUAAGAGAAAUUGGUAGGAUUUAGUAUUUGACUAUGAAGGUAGAUAUGCUUUUCAUUAAUAUCAGCAGCGAAAUAAAUAGUUUGCAGCUUACCUAAAAAUGUGGGAUAAAGUUAACAUCAACAUAGAAAAAGUUAUUGAGCAUCACUUGAGAAUCUAUGAUUGCGCUUAAAAAAUGAGAGAUACUCUUAGGAAUUAUGAAGGAUCACUUGAGAACGUUUUUCAAAAGUUGAAAUCUUAAACCAUGAAUAUUUAAAACCAAUCAUUUUAAACAUAAGGAGGCAACUUAGCUUCAUUUAUAGUGGAUUUAGAAUAAAUUACUUUAGAUGAGCUCUAAAACCUUGAAAAGACAUUAAUUAAAGCUUUCGAAUAGGUAUUAUAAGAAAAAUAUAAAAGAAGCAUAAAAAGUAAUUUAGAAUAGAAUUUUAAAUAAAAUGCUCUCUCUACUUUUGAAAAGCAAAAAUUUACAAAUCUAUUAUAAAGUGAAAAUAACUUCAUCAUAAUCAAUUACCCAGAAUCUGAAAAAAAUAAAAAACUAAAUGAUUCUAAAACAAAUAAAAAUUCUUCAGCAUAAGAAGAGUAAAUAUGUUCAUAACUGGAUACAAGCAUUGAUGAUAUUAAAAGAUAUCUUAAAGAAAAUGAAGGACCUAAAGGUUUAAUUUAGUAUAUUUAAAAUUCUCAUGAAUAAGAAAGAGAGUUCAUCAAGCAACUAUUUUAUCGAUAAGUAGAUGUAUUAUUUCUAUCUGGAGCAAGCCAAAUAGAUUGGACAGAAGCUGAUUUUAAACACCUAAAAUGUAUUAUAAAUAAGUCAACAUACUCUCACUUGAAUAUUUUUAAUUAACCUUCGUCUGAAAGUGAUGCAAACUAACCUAACAAAAAAUCUGCUUUUCUUACCCCAAAAGUUAAUAAAUUUGGAAUCAAUCACUAAAAAAUAAAUGAAUGUGAGGAUGAGGUGGAGAAAAAAGACUAACUUAGUUUUGAUGAUGAAUAGAUAAAUUUGAAAAAAACUAAACCCUAGCUUGGUUAUUUUUCUCAGUCUUAAUAACAAAAUCUAUUCUUGACUAACAAUAACUCUAUCAUGACUGAGGAGAAAUUAUAGUAUCAUCAAAACCCGAUACCUAAAGCACAAGAAGAAGAAAUUCAGUAAAAUUUCGAAAAAUUAUAAAAUCAAAGCUGCCUAUUUGAUGGUUGCUCAACAAUUUCAAAUAUUAAUUCAAAUUAUACACCAAGUAAUACUUCAUUUAACCAAAAUGUAAUAGGAUCUUAGAGGUUUAUGAAUACUUUAACAAAUUAAUAAAAUAAUAACGGAACCAUGAACGUUUUACAAAGUAAUGCUCCGAGCAAUAGUAAUAAUAACAGUAACCUCAACUUUACUAAUUUUAACUUGCCCAUUUAAAACAAUACUAAUUUACCAAACUAAAGUUCAAUAAAUAUUUAAUAAUCUCCAUUAAUAGUGAAUUUUUUAUCUCACUAAGCAUUUUAAAAGUAAAGCAAGUAGAUAGAUAGUUCUUCAAAGCUUUAAUUAUAAAACUUACCACAGAGCAAUUAAACCUCAAACUUUGUAAGUGCACUUCAAGAUAAUUAAUAGCAAGGGUAAAAAUAAAAUUAUUUCAUGGCACAAAAUAUUGAUGAGUACAGUGAAAAAAACCCACUUAACUCUCUUAAACAAAAUACUAGUUCAAUUCCAGAUUCAAUAAAUAGCUUAAAUAUUAACAUGAUAGAGAAUUCUAAAUAAAAUAAUUUAUUAGAAUACUCUACAAAUAAUUAAAAUUAUUUGCCAAAAAUGCAAGUUAAUAUAUCUAACCAUUAAAGAUCUCAGUCUUUUAAUGAAGCUACAUCGAAUAAUAAAAAUAAAUAAGACUCCUCAUAAAAAAAUGAUGAUAUUGGAUCAAAUAUGUAUUACAUUGGUCAUGCUUCCUCCAACAAUUAAGCUCUAAAAAUGGAUGCAUUUGAUAAAUUUGAUAACUAAAACAUCUACCACAGAACCAGCAAUGCAGCUGCUACUAUUGAUGCAAGCCCAUUAUUAUAAUAGAAAAGUUAAAACAUUUAAGAAAGCUACUUAAAAGAAAAAUUAACUCCAAAUGUUUAAUAGUAAAAAAAUUUUGAAAGAUUACCCUUAGAUAGUAUUAAAAAUAAUAGCAUUUAAUCAUUUGAAAAUUUAUUGAAGUAAUAAGAGGUAGCUUUAACAAAUUAAGCCGACCUAUUAACCUAGCAGUUUAUAGGAUCUUAGCACAAAAGAGCCUAAUCAAAUAUUAUUACAACAAAAGCAAUUAAUUUAAAUUCUUAAUCGUUUAAUGUCGCACAUAUAAAUAACACUAAUUAGAAAAUUAAAGGUGCAGAAUCUCUUCAAAAAGAUGAGAGCUCAGAAUCUCUAAAAGACUUUAAAUAAUAAGGUAGUAUUUAACCUACAAAAAGCUUUUAAAAAAUAAUUGGAAAUAUUUCUAAGGGAAGUUCACUUUUACCUGAUAAUUCUAGUAACAGAGAAAGCCAACUAAAUAAUAAUAACAAUGUUAAUCCUUAAUAAAAAUAUUCAAUAAAUUUAAGUGCUGUUCACAAUUAAUCAAGCAAUACACAUUCUUUCAAUUAAAACUGUUAAUCAGUAAAUGUCACUCCUAAAAAAUAAGGUUAUAAAUUGAAUAAUACAAUAAGCAUAGAUAUCAUUUAGUUGCAGUCAAAUUAACCUAUACCGAGCAAGCCUUUUAACAAUUAUAACAAAUAAAUAUAGAGUAACAAUUAUAUGUCAAAUAAUUCUUCAUUAAUACAAGAUAACUAAUUGAGUUCUAAUAGAAAGCAGUCAAGCUCUCUCCACAGCACUGCUACAAACAUAGAUAAAAUAAAUAAAAAUCAGUACUAUACAAAUAUGCCUUCAUAGAAUUAUUCUUUGAACAAUAGCAUGACAAGUAACUAUCUAAGUGCAAAUAAUUCUUACAAUACAGUUUCAAACUUAAAUUAGAUUAAUAAUAAAAAUUGCAUCUACUUUGAUGAGAAUAAUUUAUAGUAAAUAUCACAAAAGCCUUCUUCUCUAUUAAACAAAAACUGA